GCAGGGUGCGUCACGCAGGAUUACAAAUGAAAGUUGACGAAGAAUCAAUUGGAGGUUUAUUCGUGGCGUUUCUUCAUCAAUGGAGUGUGCUAGGCAAGGUUUUGCAUUGGGUUUAUCUGUCCUAGUUAGUUCUAUCCCAAGCAUCAAAAUUGAUGCAUUGCUGAAUCUCAUAGUAGAUACCCUGCCGGCCACUUCUUCAAUGAAAGGACAGGACAUGCGAGAUAAUCUUUUGGGUCGAUUAUUUGCUUAUGGUGCUAUUGCACGAUCCAAAAAGUUAUCUGAAGAUUGGAGAACUGACCAGAACUCAACGCAAAUUGUUGAAUUCAUUGGUUCUCUAGUUGGCCUUGCAUCCAAGAAGAGGUACCUUCAAGAGCCUGCUGUCUCAAUAAUUCUGAACUAA